AUGGCGACAACCAACAACAAUCAAGGGGACGAACCACGUACCAUCGCCCUCGAAAGACAAGUUCAGACUCUCGCCGCGGCCAUAGAAUGUCUCACUAAGCAAAACCACGACCUAAAGGAGCAAUUGCACCAAAAGAAUGCAGGACCUAACGAUCAGGAGGAGGACCAAGAAGAUACAAGCGUUGAGAAAAGGGACCAAGAAAGGCCGGAGGGCAGCAACGCCCCAAGCAGACAAGAGCGACAGGACACAAGCUGUCCAUUCACAGCAGAAACGGCUCCACCACAUAUGGCCGUAAAGGUGCAGAUGAUGAAGGAACGGAUGGAUUUCAUGAUGAACGCCCUCAAAAGACAAGUAUCAAGCGACCUCGACGAGUUGGUCCAUCAAACUGAUUCACCAUUUACUGCCCCCGUCAAUUCGUUCUCCUUUCCACCAAAGUUCUGCAUGCCGCAGGUGAAGACCUACGAUGGAUUUAAGGAUCCCCUAGAUCACCUGGAGUCUUUCAAGACCCUAAUGCACCUACAAGGAGUGGUGGACGAGAUCAUGUGCAAGGCCUUCCCCACUACGCUAAAAGGCCCUGCAAGGAUUUGGUUCAACAGGUUGACGCCCAACUCCAUUAGUACCUUUGAGGAGUUAAGCGCCAAGUUUGCCUCACACUUUAUCGGGGGACAUAGGUAUAAGAAGUCCACUGCAUGCCUGAUGAGCAUUAGGCAAUGGAAGGAUGAGACGUUAAGGUCUUACAUAACCCGCUUUAACAAAGAAGCCUUCUUGAUCGAUGAAGCUGAUGACAAGGUACUCAUGGCUGCAUUCACGAAUGGGUUACAGAAGGGUAAAUUCCAAUUUUCUUUAUAUAAGAACAACCUGAAGACCAUGUUGGAUGUACUUUACAGGGCCACUAAGUACAUGAAUGCAGAAGACGCACUACUGACCCAAGAAGAGAAGCCCAAGAAGAAGGGAAGACAAGAGAACGCACAGCAAGAUAGGGGGCAGAAGAUGGCUAGGACCGAAGAACGGCGAAAGGACAGGCGCUCCAAACCCUCCACCGAGAGAUUCUCAAGCUCACCUCACUGA